AUGAAAAGAGGGAUUAGGGUAACAAGUCGUGGCUCUUCAUCUCUCUCACACGAUCCUCUUUGCUCUCUCCUCAACAGUGGCCGAUCGACUCCUUCUUCUCAGCCGAUGAACGCCAAUGCCACUGCCACUUUGCAUCUCUGUUUCAAUCACAAACCAUCUCCUCUCAAUAUGGUACAGUCACUCAUCUCCAUUCACGAAGGAGACUUAUCUCCUCUCGCCAUCGUCUCAAUUUCAAACACCUCCAGCUUCUUCAGACAUCAUACGCUCCAAAUUUAUUCUCAUGUUUUGCUCUCUAUCACAGAUUCAAGAGUUCAAAACAAAAUUUGUAAAAGGAUAAGUAAAGAGAACUCACCAAUCAGAGACGUUCCGGUGAUUAUUCAAAGUGACGGAGAACAAGAAGACCAGAGGAAUUAUGUUGGAGAGGCGGUUAAGGGGUUGUUCUGUUAUGCUGGACCGGCCUCUGUUACAGGCUGGGAUUUGGUUGCAGGAAGAAACCUGAGCACAUUCAGGCCAUCGAGUUUCCUUCCAUUGAAGCCAAGGUAUGCUGAUAAAGACUGGUACGAAGCAGCAGAUGCACAGUUUGGUGAAAGCAUGGAGUUGUGGCCUUAA